AAAAUGCACGGUUUGAAGCGCGUUCACCGAGUCCUCACCCAACCGUCCCAACAGCUCUCAACAUCUGCUCGAUCAGGCUUCAAAAUCAACGCCAACCGACUAUGGCAGACGCUACACGAGACGUGCGAAUGGGGAAGUGCGCAUCGCUACCGGGAUCAGACGAUGGCUGGCAUCGGAAGUCCAAAAGCUGGGGUGCGAGGGCGUUACGACGGCAUUCUAGGGGUGAUGGCCGGGCUGGAAGUGUUGAGAACGAUGAAUGAGCAUGGAUUGGAGACCAAUUACGACGUCGGAUUGGUGAACUGGACCAAGUGCCCAUUUCCUAAGUCCAUGUGCUCGUCGGGCGUGUGGGCUGGUGCUAUCCCCCUGGAAAAGGCAUGGGAUCUACGUGAUAUCCAUGAUUCGAGGGUAACAAUGCGAUCUGAGCUCGAAAGACAUGGAUUCUUUGGUGAUAUAGAAUGUUCGAACAUGGUGUCCCCCCUCGCAGCCCAUUUUGAGCUUCACAUUGAACAAGGGCCUAUUCUUCAAGAUCCUGGUCGGUCCACCGGCGUCGUCCAAGGUGCGCAAGGAUACAGAUGGCUUACUUUCACUAUCAAGGGGCGUGAUGCUCACACAGGAACGACACCCUUCAGUGCUCGGCGGGACCCCUUGCUUGCAGCCUCUCGAAUGAUUGCGGCGUCGAACGACAUUGCCCGGAAAAAUGACGCGUUGGCUUCAACAGACGUAUUGAAGAUUCCCUCGAACGCAUCUAAAAACACUGUAGCCUCCGAGGUGAUUUUCACCCGCGAUAUUCGACACCCGCAGGACAAUGUCGUGCAUGCAGUACGGGACGAAUGUCUACAGACCUUCGAUACCAUUGCCGCUCAGGAUGGAAAAGGAGUCAGAAUUGAUUGGACAUUGGAUACUGACUCACCAGCUACCAAGUUCGACCAAGGAUGUAUCGAAUCUAUUCGGGCUGCGGCCAACCAUCUUGUCGGCAGUAACCAGUGGAUGGACAUGACUAGCGGCGCUGGCCAUGACAGCGUCUAUACCAGCCAUCACUGCCCAACAUCCAUGAUUUUUGUCCCGUGUCGCGAUGGUGUCAGUCAUCAUCCAACUGAAUACUGUACCCCAGAACACUGUGCAUUGGGUGCUCAGACACUCUUGGAGGCGGUUGUCCACUACGACCAGAAGAAGGCCCAGGAUGAAGGUGUACGUACUUGA